GGGGGGUGACGUAAUCUCCGUCCGCGGCCGCGGCGCCCCGCCCCGCCCCGCGACGCCCUCCGCGAACCGCGCGAGCGCAGCGCAGGCGGUCCGCAGCAGCCGCAGCUCGGGGGCGGCGCCUGCCCUGCAGCCUCCCCUCGGCGAUCGCGCAGCCCCAUCUUUGUCCGGCCUCUGCGCUUUGUUCUCGGCGCCCGUGUCUUGGCCGGCCUGGCCAGCGGCCGAGCAGCCCCCACGCCGCGCUGGCGUCGUCCUCGCCUCCCUCGCCGCCGCCCCCCGCGCGCGGCCGGGCCUUGCCCCCCAUGGUGUCCCGGCCAGAGCCCGAGGGCGAGGCCAUGGACGCCGAGCUGGCGGUAGCGCCGCCGGGCUGCUCGCACCUGGGCAGCUUCAAGGUGGACAACUGGAAGCAGAACCUGCGGGCCAUCUACCAGUGCUUCGUGUGGAGCGGCACGGCUGAGGCCCGCAAGCGCAAGGCCAAGUCCUGUAUCUGCCAUGUCUGUGGCGUCCACCUCAACAGGCUGCAUUCCUGCCUCUACUGUGUCUUCUUCGGCUGUUUCACAAAGAAGCAUAUUCACGAGCAUGCGAAGGCGAAGCGGCACAACCUGGCCAUUGAUCUGAUGUACGGAGGCAUCUACUGUUUUCUGUGCCAGGACUACAUCUAUGACAAAGACAUGGAAAUAAUCGCCAAGGAGGAGCAGCGAAAAGCUUGGAAAAUGCAAGGCGUUGGAGAGAAGUUUUCAACUUGGGAACCAACCAAACGGGAGCUUGAACUGCUGAAGCACAACCCGAAAAGGAGAAAGAUCACCUCGAACUGCACCAUAGGUCUGCGUGGGCUGAUCAACCUUGGGAACACGUGCUUCAUGAACUGCAUCGUGCAGGCCCUGACCCACACGCCACUUCUGCGGGACUUCUUCCUGUCUGACAGGCACCGCUGUGAGAUGCAGAGCCCCAGCUCCUGUCUGGUCUGUGAGAUGUCCUCACUGUUUCAGGAGUUUUACUCUGGACACCGGUCCCCUCACAUCCCGUAUAAGUUGCUGCACCUGGUGUGGACCCACGCGAGGCACCUGGCAGGCUACGAGCAGCAGGACGCCCACGAGUUCCUCAUCGCGGCCCUGGACGUGCUCCACCGACACUGCAAAGGUGAUGACAAUGGGAAGAAGGCCAACAACCCCAACCACUGCAACUGCAUCAUAGACCAGAUCUUCACAGGUGGAUUGCAGUCAGACGUCACCUGCCAAGUCUGCCAUGGAGUCUCCACCACCAUCGACCCCUUCUGGGACAUCAGCUUGGAUCUCCCCGGCUCUUCCACCCCAUUCUGGCCCCUGAGCCCAGGGAGCGAGGGCAACGUGGUAAACGGGGAAAGCCACAUGUCGGGAACCACCACGCUCACGGACUGCCUGCGACGAUUCACCAGACCAGAGCACUUGGGCAGCAGCGCCAAGAUCAAGUGCAGCGGUUGCCAUAGCUACCAGGAGUCCACAAAGCAGCUCACUAUGAAGAAACUGCCCAUCGUAGCCUGUUUUCAUCUCAAACGAUUUGAACACUCAGCCAAGCUGCGGCGGAAGAUCACCACGUAUGUGUCCUUCCCCCUGGAGCUGGACAUGACCCCUUUCAUGGCCUCCAGCAAAGAGAGCAGGAUGAAUGGACAGUACCAGCAGCCCACGGACAGUCUCAACAAUGACAACAAGUAUUCCCUGUUUGCUGUUGUUAACCAUCAAGGGACCUUGGAGAGUGGCCACUACACCAGCUUUAUCCGGCAGCACAAAGACCAGUGGUUCAAGUGUGACGAUGCCAUCAUCACCAAGGCCAGCAUCAAGGACGUCCUGGACAGCGAAGGGUUCAAGUCAGUCUCCUGCCUCAGCCUCCCAAGUAGCUGGGAUUACAGGCAUGCACCAUCACGCCCGCCUACUUUUGUAUUUUAGUAGAGAUGGGGUUUCACCAUGUUGACCAGGCUGGUUUCAAACUCCUGACUUCAGGUAAUCCUCCUGCCUUGGCCUCCCAAAGUGUUAGAAUUACAGGCAUGAGCCACCGGGCCCGGCCCACAUCAGUUCUUUAUCAGCUCCUCUCCUUUCCAGUUUCAUUCCUUCAUGGCAUAGAGAAACCUGUUGACCCUCCAGGGGUCAGGGGGACCCCAGCUGCCAUGAACUCCCUGAGGGCUUUGCACUUCACAUUCUGAGCAACACGGAAGCCAAGCCCUCUUGAGAGGUUUUAUUUGGAAGAAUCUGGGAUAAAGGACAGCCUUCAGGGCGAUGAGGUGGAUCUGGACGGACCCACUUGAAAACAGUGGGCUCUGCACAAGGGUGAGGCUGUCACAAGUGGGGGAGAGGCUGUGGGAGGUUGGGUGAGGCAAUGGGUGACCUCGUGGCAGGUGGGGGUGGUGGUCGGGCUGCAGAGAUGGGCAGGGCCAGUGCCACCAGCCAGUGAAGCACUCUUUCCUCCUUGCGGACUAAAAAGCCAAAACCAUCAACUUGGGCCUGGCAGACCUGUGCAGAGCGCAGAGCACAUAGGCUUUUGUGUAGGGUGGGUUGUUCUGGCUCCUGUCUUAGGAGUUAGAGGUGAGCCGCCUCCCUCUCUCUGCCUCCACAGGUACUUGCUGUUCUAUCACAAACAGUUCCUGGAAUACGAGUAGCCUUACCUGCAGCUGGUCAGAAAAACAAAGGCAACGCAUUGGCAAGCCUCACAAAAUGAUCCUCCCUGCCCCCCCCUCCCCCAAGCCUCCCGCCGCCUCCCCGGCCUGGUGACACCACCUCCCGUGCAGAUGUGGCCCCUCUGCACCUGGGACCCAUCGGGUCGGGAUGGACCACACGGACGGGGAGGCUCCUGGAGCUGCUUUGAAGAUAGAUGAGAUGAGGGGUGUGCUCUGGGUGGGAGGAGCAGCGUACACCCGUCACCAGAACAUCUCUUGUGUCAUGACAUGGGGGUGCAACGGGGGCCUCACAGCACAGAGUGACCGCUGCCUGGCGUUCCCCAGCACUCGGUGUGGAAAGGCCCCUACCUGCUGUAAGAUUAUGGGUCCAUGAAAGCAGUAAGCUGAAGACACAGAGGUGUAGUGUGCGGGACAGAGGGCCUUGCAGAUGCCUUUCUGUUGGUGUUUUAGUGUUAAAAUACGGAGAGUAUGGAACUCUUCACUUCCAUUUUCUCAGCGGCUGUGAAGCAGCCUCCUAGCUUCGGAAGUACGGACACUACGUCGCGUUUUCAAGCGUGUCUGUUCCGCAGGUAAUUUAGCAUCAAGCUGCACGUGGAAGCAUCUCGCGGUUUUCUAGAAACAGGCAUUUUCUUAUCCCUCUCCCGCUCCUUUUUCCACAAAGAUGAAUUUCAUAAAUGUAAUACUAGUAAAGUGAAUGAAUUACUGAGUUUAUACAGAAAUUUAGGUAACUUCUCCUUUAGUCUCGAGAGGGAGUCUUGCUUUUUAAUGGGUGCCGUUUAUGUUGCUGCCCGCCCUGUGUGCCUGGCUCCUCUGGGUGCCUUGGUGUCUGCUGGUGGCUGGCAGUGGGCGCAGCGGAGGAGAGUUGUGCUGCAGCUCAUACGGUGUCUCUGUCAUCUCAGUCUGGAGUAAAUGCAGCGUCUGCCGGUGUCUGAUGGGUUCUGUCCCUCGUAUUUUCUUUGCCUUCUAUCCCAUUGCCUGGCUACCGCUGCCUGGCAGCCAAGGGUGUUGGUCGCGAAGCUGGAGUGGCCUCUGGUGGAGCCUGCAUCUUGUCUCGUCUGCCUCUGCUUUACAUUUGGUGUACUUUUGGGCAUGGUGGCAGUAAAAUGACAUCGUGAUUGAGCUUGUCAGCAGAGCUGAAAGAGAAAGUAGAAGGAUGUGCAUUGUUUCUUGUAAGAUAUCUUGCAUGUAUCUGUGUAUUCAAAUUCAAACAGAGAUGGUUUGUCCAUUUGUCCACUGAGAAAUUAUAAACUAGGGACAAGGGGGAGGAAAAGUACUGAAAUACAGUUUAUGAAGCAAGUGUGUCUCGGGCUGUGCUUGUCCCAGGAGCCCCAGCAGCAUCUGAACUGAGGCUUCUUCAGUCCUGCAGGAACAGGAUCAUCUGUCUCAGCGGUGGGCAGAUGUUUUCAUAGACAGCCAGGGAGUAAACACUGUUGGCUCUGUGGGCUGUAUGGUCUCUGCCAUAAAUAGUACAGAGAUGUGGCUGUGUCUAGUACAACUUUUAGACACAGAAAUCUGAAUGACAUAUAUUGUUCCGUGUCAAGAAACUUAGAUUUUUUUUUUUAACUAUUUAAAAACGUGAAACCUAUUCUUAGCUCACAGGCCAUGGAGAAGCUGGUGGGGACCAGACCCAGCUCCUUAGCUGGCUGGGCUGGGGAGGGGGCAGUGACAGUGGCAGCUGCUACUCACUGCUCAGUGUGGAAAACACAGGACUUGGCAAUCACAGCCCGCAGAACCAUCAUGUGUGGUAGAAGCCUGAGGGAUGCGGUUUCUUGCCCACGUGCUCUGUUCAUUUUCUGUUGUUUUUCUGCAUUUAAAGAAUUCACAUGGAAGCAUGUUUUAUAAAAUGAAUUACCAGAGAAACAGAGAUGGGCCGAGAUUUUCAGAAAUGGCCCCAUGUGACCAAGUUCUGCUGUUUGGGUGACAUUGCUUUGAAGAUCUCCUUUGAGGAUGUGCAGUCUUUUUUUUUUUUUUUUUUUUUUUGAGAUGGAGUUUUGCUCUUGUUGCCCAGGCUGGAGUGAGUGGCACAGUCUCGGCUCACUGCAACCUCCACCUCCUGGGUUCAAGCAGUUCUCGUGCCGCAGCCUCCCAAGUAGCUGGGACUACAGGCAUGUACCACCACGCCAGGCUAAUUUUUGUAUUUUUAGUAGAGAUGGGGUUUCACCAUGUCUCAAACUCCUGACCUCAGGCGAUCCACCCACCUCAGCGUCCCAAAGUGCUGGGAUUAUAGGCGUGAGCCACCGCGCCUGGCCUAUGAGCGGUCUUUUAAUCAGGAACAAAUCUAAUGGAAAGGAGAGUUGACUGAAGUUGGCCCACAGGAUUGUGAGCUGGGCAGUGCCUUCAUGAAGGCUUGCCACCUUGGGACGCCCCGGUUUACUGGGGUGUCUUGCGGAGUGCAGAAGGCUUUCUGGCAGCUGCCUGGGUUUGGCCAGACCCUGCCUCCCCUCCCGCCGGCCAACCCCUAGUCCCCUUCCUGUCUCCACUUGCAUUCAGGGGUGGCUGCUGUUCUGAGAACAUUAGAACUGGGAAGAGAGAUGGAGUCACAUGGAUUUUUGGUGGGCAUUAUUCUAAACUUUUGUAUCCAAGUUAGUCCCCCUUAUUCCACUGUGGCAUUGCCGUUCUAAGCAGUUACCUGAUGCCUGCUGCUGAAGAGCUGCUCACAGGAGGCGGCGGCGGCCCUGGCACUACCCCUUGCAUUAGGUCUUGUGUUUGAUGUGUUCUUGUGAAUUUACUUUGUCAGAACAAAAUAUUUACGCGUUGGGUUCAGGAAUUUCUCUUUUUAGCUCCCCAUCUGGCUGUGAAAUUCAGGAAACCUCCCGUUGCCUAAUAAUCACCCCAUGUAGGUGUACAUUGUGACAAAGUGCAUCUGACCACUAAGGGGCCCCCUCGGUGACCCCAACACAUUCACAGCAGUGUUAAAAUGGCCUGCGUUUCGGAGAUGCUGGCUGGCCUUUCAGUGCCUCCCAGGAAGACACAUGGCCUUUCCCUCUUCAGAUGCCUGAAGGGAGUGCUUUGAGGCAGGUGAUGUGCUGGGAGUGUGGGCGGCCUCCCUCCGGCCCCGGGGCCCUCUGUGGACCUUGGCUCCCUCCGUGGACCUGGGCUUCGUGGUGAGCACUGCAGCCUCCCUGGGCGUUCCCUCCAGCGCCAGCACCACUGCAACAUACAGACCUGAGUGCUAUUGUAUUUUGGCUUGGUGUGUAUGCUCUUCAUUGUGCAAAAUUGCUGUUCUUUUGACAAUUUAAGUGAUUGUUUUGUUUACUGUAAGUUUGAAAAUAAAAAUUAAGAAAAAAAUUCCAA